UUUCUACACUGCUCGUGAACAAUAUGGAGAUAAACAUCCAGAAAUUCAUUAACGACCUUCCUGCUGGUUGCAAAGAUGGAAAAAUCAUCCAGCAAGCUAUCUUCAGUGAGCUAUGUAAGAUGUUAGAUCCGGGAAAAUCUGGACCUGUCCAUCAAAGGAGUGAAUGUAGCGUAGUUAUGCUCAUCGGAUUACAUGGUUGUGAAAAAGAAACCGUGUGUGUCAAGUAUGCUCGUUACCACCGAAGAAUGAGCUUCAAGCCAGCUUUGGUCUGUGCGGAUACUUUCACCCCCGGUGCAUUGGAUCGACUAAACCAUGUGGCUGCGAAAGCUAAAGUCCCAGUUUACGGAAGCUACACGGAGUUAAACCCUGCAAAGGUAGCGAUGAAAGGAAUUGAAAAGUUCAAGAGCAAAAAUCGUGAUCUCAUAAUUGUAGACACCAAUAGCCGCCAUAAACAAUAUUAUUCAUUGUUUGAAGAAAUGAGUCAAAUUGCGAAAAUAAUGAAACCAAAUCUUGUUAUAUUGGUCAUGGAUAGUCGUAUUGGUCAAGCUGCAUCUGUUGAAGCUAAAGCAUUCAAGCAAAGUUUCCAUGCUGGAUCUGUCAUUCUCACUAAUAUAAGAGGCAACACAAAGGCCAGCGGCGCUCUCAGCUCGUUAGUUUUCACAUAA